AAAUCCUAUUUCUUUUCGGUUUUGUGUAUUUGUCAAUUUGUUGCAAUUCUGUGGGUUGUUGUUAAAAAAAAUCUUCAAAAUUUUUUUCAAACUUCAAACUUUUCUACAAAAUAAAAGCAGCAAAAUCUUAAUAAUUCAGAACAUCAUUUUAAACAAAUUAAGUUAAGAAAAUAACAAAAUUAUGUGUGCUCAACUUAUUUGUGAAGUUCCCGAUGAAUGUAUUCAAAACACACAGCCAGCAACUGAAGGUCAUUGCGGCGACAAUUGCCCAACACAAUGUGAUCCCUGUCAAGCUCCUUUGAAAUAUCCACCAUGUCCUCCCACAGGAGAUUGUAAUUGUAGAUGUGAUUGUGGUGAUUAUUCAGGUUGUUGUUAUCAACAACCCACUAGAACUUUACCCAUAAAACCUCAAACAAGUAUUAUGCGUGCCACGCAACCUUUAGAAACUGAAACUAUUUAUAAAUGUUCUUAUCCCGGCAAUUAUGGCGAAACGUUUAAAGCCAAACCUGUUAAACCUUGUAAUAAUAUUUCCUCCAUAAAAGCGCCUAUGGAAAAAUGUACUAUACAAAAAUUAUCUUAUAUGCCUCAUCAAUGUGUGGCACGAGCAGAAGCCAUAAAACCCAAAGAUAAUUGUUUAAAUUUUCGUGGUCCUUUAUAUGCCAUAACCUCACAAAAACAUGAUUUUAUGCCCAAGGGUUAUUGUAGAAGAGAACCAAUUAAACCGAGACAGGGUAUAUGGAAAUCUUGUGAUCCCUUAGAGCGCUGUACGGUUAAUAAACUUUCUUAUAUGCCAGUGGAUGUAUGCAAGAAUCCACCGCCUAAGCCUAUAAUACAAACCUAUAAUUAUGUACGUCCUACGGCUCCAGGGGAACAGUGUACUAUACAAAAAUUAAGUUAUCUGCCGGUAUGUUUACCGCCUAAAGAACCUAUGCCUUGGGCUGAGAGAUCACGCUGCCCACCACCUAAAUAUGAAAAUCUAGUUACCACCUAUAAUUUAAGUUAUAUACCCAAUUGUAAUACUCAUCGUAUAGCGCCCAUAAUGCCUAUGAAUGGCCUUCGGUUCCUAGGUACCGAUUGUAAUGAUGGCAAAACUGUCUACAAACUUAGUUAUAUUGGCAACGAUGCUCGUUGUUGUCGUCCUGCACCAGUUUUACCCUUACAUGGUCUUGAAAUGCCUACGGGACCUAUGGAGAAGUGUACGGUGCAAAAACUGUCUUAUCAACCAAAUUAUUGCACGGGACGAACAGCUGCCAUUAGACCACGUGAAAAUUGUAUAAAACCUUCUGGACCCAUGUACUUUAUGACAACUCAAAAACAUGAUUUUGUACCAAAACCAAUUUGUCGCCGAGGCCCCAUAAAACCACCCUCGCUCAUUUGCCGUCCCUCGGGUGAUUUCGAAAAGUGUACUGUUAAUAAAUUGUCUUAUUUGCCUGUUAAUGUGUGUGAAUAUCCACGUCCACCUGCAGUUAAGCCACCCACAGGUAUUAGCCGUCCUGAGGGGAGCAUGGAGAAGUGUACUACUUAUAAAUUGAGUUAUAUACCGAAUUGCAUAAUGCCCAAGGAACCUUUACCAUGGGCUAGGGCUUCUAGUUAUGUUAAACCCACAGCUCCGAUAGAAAAAUGUACGAUACAGAAAUUAAGUUAUGGACCACCGGGAACCUUUAAUAGAUGUGGAGCCUGUUGCAAUCAAAAUAAUAAUAACAACUCAAGUUUUCCAAAGGCAGGCAUUUGUUAACAAGAGUAUAAGUAAAUGUUUCCAGCACUUUUAUGUUAAAGUAUCAAAACAUUUGUCCCUUGUCCUUAUAUCCCUUUAAUAAACUGUGAAAGAACUUUGUAUUUUGUAUAAUAAAUGUUUAUACAUUUUUAUAAAUUUCA